AUGUCGCUUGCCAAGCAGAACUUUGCCAGUCAAUCCGAAGAAGCCUUGAAUCAACAAGUGAACACUGAGUUGCAAGCUUCUCAAGUGUACCUGUCCAUGUCCGCUUGGGCUCAACACUCUUCUGUUGCUCUACCAGGUCUUGAAAAAUAUUUCCGCGAAUCUGCUGAAGAGGAAAGAGAACAUGCUCAGAAACUGAUUGACUAUAUCAAUACUCGUGGAGGAAGGGUGAUUUUACGCGCUUUACAAGCCCCUGAGUCUGACUGGAAGAGUGCUAAGAACGCUGUUGAAUCCGCUCUUCAACUUGAGAAAGAUGUCAAUAAGUCACUCUUAAACUUGCAUAAGAUUGCUGAUGGUCAAAAUGACCCUCAAAUGUGUGAUUUUAUUGAAAGUACUUAUUUGGCUGAACAAGUUGAAGCCAUCAAAAAGUUAGCUGACAUGGUCACUCAAUUGAAUCGUGUUGGCGAAGGCCUUGGUGUCUAUUUGUGGGAUCAGCAGCUCUACAGAGAUGGUACUGGUGCUGGUAGUCGUGCUACAGGCGGUCCUCAUGCUUAA